UCUCAGCUUUCUUUCACUUGCGACGGCUCUCACUUAACCAGCUGCCGGAAAAUACAGCUAUGCUCUUCGUCGCUAGACGGCUCGGUUCCAACUUGCCGUCGCUCCAGAACAGUGCUUCCCUUCUCCGGUUCUUUAGAACGGAGGCAGGUCAGCCGAGACGGCGAAACAAGUCCCCCUCUUUGCCGCUCAAGAAGAAGGAAGAGAAAUCGGAGUGGUGGAUCGUCGACGGAGAGAUGCACGAGAUCGGCGAUCACGUACCUCUCCGUGAGCGUUUCACUAUCCCCAGAGAUAACAUCCCUAACAGACGCCGCAAGCAGCUCCGUGAGCAGUUCAUGCGCCGCACUCGCCUCGUCCUUAAGGAAUCGGAGCAUGAGCCAUGGUGCAAAAAAUACAUGGAAUUGUAUAACGAGCUUAGAGAAAACUGGGAGAAGCUUUACUGGGAUGAAGGGUACUCGAAGAAAAUUGCAAGGGAUCAUGCAAAUUACGAGUCUGCUGAGGAAGACGAUGAAGAUUUUAAUCCAUACAGGAACAGGCGGCCUUAUAAUGAUCAAACAAAGCAGGAGCAGGGUUUUAAUAGAGCAACACAAGGUGAUGAUAACUGGGAGAAAGUCAAUCAAAUCCGGGACAAAUUUGAAUAUGACAGAGAAAGAAGAAUGCGGGAAAAAGCUUUUGCACCAAUGAAUGACUCACCGGAUUCUAGAGACUCGAAUUGGAAUGCACAGAGACAGCCAUUUGAUGCUGAGAGAUACACUCGGGAUUGAAUUCAUGUUCGCAUAGAUUUCAGGUUUUUUUCGCACUAUCAAAUUCAAUGUCUCACAGAAAUGUAGAUCUUAGCAUAAGAAAUUCAUAGAUCCAUAGCGAAUAGCUCAUGAACUGCAAUCCCCUUUUCCACCAAGAGUGUUUUGAUAUCUGAUGUUUCACUAUAAUUAAUUAUGGUGUUCAUCUUCAUCUAUUUAAGAUCGAUUUGGAAAAGCCGAAAAGGUUACCCCCUAGCCGUAAUAUAAGUUAU